AUGAUUUCUGGUGGAGUUGGAAUUAUUCAACCAAUCAUGCAUUUAAGAGAAAAAUCACACCUGGAGCUCACCUAUUCGUUUUUUAGAUGGUGGUGUAAGUACUACCGAUUUAGAUUGGCAUCCAUACAACGUGAUAAUCCCGAAAUGCAGUCAGCAAGUGAUCGAUGUUUGCAUCGCUUUAGGGAUGCCAUUCAAUCAGUUCAUGAUGUUGGCGCCAGUGGUUUAUCAAAUACGAUAACGAAAUUAUUUUUAGGAUGUGUUGUUAAAUUACGAGGUAUUCAUAAUGAUGACUCAAUGUGCCACCAUUGGAAAUUUGGUUCAAUGAAGCACAGGAAUGAUAUGUUGGCUGUUGACCAAAGACAUCAAAUUAUUCGCCAAAUUUUAAUAAUUCAAGAUUGCCUAUUGAAUUCUACACCGAUUAAUUUGCCAAUGGCUAUUUUGUUCGGUAAGUCACCAAUGAUGUCCCGAAGAAAAAAGGCAAGAAAGAUGGCGUGUAUUCCUUUUAAUACAAGUUUGAAAGUUAUCUCUGUAAUGUUCAAACAAAUCUCAAUACUUGGAGAUGCUAUAUCUCGUCAUUUUUGA